UAUGUGUGUGUGUGUGUGAGGGAGCCGGCAGACUGAAGCGAGCCACAGAGGCAGGCUCUAACUCCAACCCAAUGAGCUCGCAGCCCUCACACUCACACACACUCCUGACACACACACUCACACUCUCCUCAGAGCCAGCUCUCGCUCUUGCUUCAACCCUGGGACACAGAAGAAGAAGGAGAGGAGAGAGAGGCAGCGAGUGGCAGAGAGGGAGAGUGAGAGCGAGGGAGUAAGAGAGGAGAGAGGGAGACUGGCGGGGUGUGAGGGAGAACACCAUGGCUUCAGAUCCGGGGCUGGCUGCGAUGCUGCUAUGGACUAUAUCGCUACAGGCUCUGGGCUCCGCAGGAACUAACAGCAACGAAGUGAAUCUACUGGACACGACGACGAUCACAGGAGACUGGGGCUGGCUAACGUAUCCGUCACAUGGGUGGGAUGCCAUUAACGAGAUGGACGAGUACUUCAGUCCUAUCCACACAUACCAGGUCUGUAACGUGAUGAGCCCCAGCCAGAACAACUGGCUGAGGACGGGCUGGAUCCCUCGAGAAGGAGCAAGGAGGAUCUACAUCGAGGUCAAGUUCACCCUGAGAGACUGCAACAGCAUGCCUGGAGUACUGGGCACCUGCAAGGAAACCUUCAACCUAUACUACUACGAGUCUGACAGAGCGGUAGGCUCGGCCAUACGGGAGAACCAGUUCUUUAAGAUUGACACCAUCGCUGCUGACGAGAGCUUCACGGGGGUGGACCUGGGAGUCCGCAGACUUAAGCUCAACACUGAGGUGCGAGGUGUGGGUCCUUUGAACAGACGAGGCUUCUACCUGGCCUUCCAGGACAUCGGCGCCUGCAUCGCGCUCACCUCUGUGCGGGUGUACUACAAACGCUGCGUGGGUGUGAGCCGUAAUCUGGCGGUGUUCACUGAUGUGGUGACGGGCGCCGACUCGUCCUCUCUGGUGGAGGUCAGGGGUCAGUGUGUGGAUCACGCCGAGGAGAGGGACACGCCCAAGAUGUACUGCAGCGCUGAGGGGGAGUGGUUGGUGCCCAUUGGGAGGUGUGUGUGCUCCGCCGGAUUUGAAGAACACAGAGACUCCUGCGUGGCCUGUGAGGUGGGUUUCUACAAGCCGGUGGCAGGCGAUGGCCUGUGUGGUAAAUGUCCUCAACACAGCCACUCAGAGACCAGAGCUGCCCUCUCCUGCCCCUGCGACUCCAACUACUAUCGAGCAGCAGAUGACCCACCUGCAGCUCCAUGUUCCCGCCCUCCAUCUGCUCCAGUAAGUGUCAUCUCCUCGGUCAACGGGACGUCUGUGAAUUUAGAGUGGGAUCGCCCUCUGGAUACCGGAGGUCGCAGCGACCUGCAGUACAGCGUGUUGUGUCAGAAAUGCUCAGGGGAAGGAGGGCCCUGCGAGGACUGUGCAUCCUACCCGGGAGGUUCUGGUGGAGGGAAGGCAGGCGGAGGAGCGAGUAUCGGGGCCGGAGGAGGAGGGAUGGUGGAGCGUUCAGGCACUGCAGCAGUUCGAUUCGUUCCACGCCAGACUGGGUUGACGGAGCCCUGGGUGACGGUGCUCAACCUCGUGGCUCACACCAACUACUCCUUCCGCAUUCUGGCCAUGAAUGCAGUGACGCACCUGAGCAAUGAGCCAUCACCUUAUGUCUUGGUCAACAUCACAACGAACCAGGCAGCCCCCUCUGAAGUGUUAGCGAUUCGCCAGGAGAACACCAGUCAGAACAGCGUGACUCUGCUGUGGCAUGAACCCGACCAGCCCAACGGAGUAAUCCUGGAGUACGACAUCAAAUACUACGAGAAGGAUAAUGAAGAGCAGAGUUACUCCACUCUGAAGUCUAAAAAUACCAGUGCCCGAGUGUCAGGGCUGAAGCCGGGCACCAAGUACAUCUUCCAGGUCCGAGCCAGAACGUCAGCAGGCUGCGGACGCUUCAGUCAGAAUGUGGAGAUCCAGACUGGGAAAGCAGCUCCUCUGCGCUACAACACCAUGACCAUCAUCUGGAUCUGCAUGGCCCUGGUGUCCAGCCUGGUCACCUUUCUGGCCAUCAUCAUCUGCAGGAAACGGCAAGGCUACACUUUACCACACUACCCAUCGCUGCUACACUGUGGAUACAGCAAAGCCUUCCAGGACUCUGAUGAGGAGAAGAUGCAUUACCAGAACGGUCACGUGUCAUUCCCCGACGCAAGGUUCUAUAUCGACCCGCACACAUACGAGGACCCCUGCCAGGCGGUCCACGAGUUUGCCAGAGAAAUUGAAGCUUCCAGGAUCAAAAUAGAGAAAAUCAUUGGUUCAGGGGAGUUUGGGGAGGUGUGUUAUGGACGUAUGAGACUCCCAGGGAAAAGAGACAUCCCAGUGGCCCUGAAGACCCUGAAGGCAGGAUACACAGAGAAGCAGAAGAGGGACUUCCUUGCUGAGGCGUCCAUCAUGGCCCAGUUCGACCACCCCAACGUCAUCCGCCUGGAGGGAGUGGUAACUCAGAGCAAACCGGUGAUGAUCAUCACAGAGUACAUGGAGAAUGGCUCUCUGGACUCCUUCCUCAGGAGACACGAUGGCCAGUUCACCAUCAUCCAGCUGGUCGGGUUGCUGCGUGGCAUUGCGGCCGGUAUGACCUACCUGUCUGACCUGGGCUACAUCCAUAGAGACCUGGCUGCCCGCAACAUCCUGGUCAACAGCAACCUGGUGUGUAAGGUGUCUGACUUCGGCCUGUCCCGAGUACUGGAGGAUGACCCCGAUGCUGCAUACACCACCAGUGUGAGUUUUCACAUCGAGGGCGGGAAAAUUCCAAUCCGCUGGACAGCCCCGGAGGCCAUCGCCUACAGGAAGUUCUCCUCCUCCAGUGACGUGUGGAGCUACGGAGUGGUCAUGUGGGAGGUGAUGUCUUACGGAGAGCGACCAUACUGGAACCUCACCAACAGAGAUGUGAUCAAAUCUGUGGAGGAGGGCUACAGGCUGCCUGCUCCUAUGGGCUGCCCUGCUGCUCUACACACGCUCAUGCUGGACUGCUGGCAGAAGGAUCGCAACGAGAGGCCACGCUUUUGCCAGAUAGUCACUGUUCUUGACAAGCUAAUCCGCAACCCAGAGAACCUGAAGUCUAUGGACACGCUCUGCAGUUUAAACAGUCCUCCGCUGAUGGAGAGAGCUAUCCCCGACUUCAGUAGCUGUAACUCAGUAAACGAGUGGCUCGACACCAUAAAGAUGGGCCGCUACAAGGACCGCUUUGCAGCAGGGGGGUACCAUACUCUGGGGCACGUCAUAGGCAUGAACCAAGGGGACAUCCAGAGGCUUGGGGUGACGCUCAUGGGCCACCAGAAGAAGAUCAUGACCAGCGUCCAACUGAUGAGAGCGCAGGUCCUGAACAAGAGUGUGCCGUCUGUGCACGUAUAACUCCAACGCUGAGGUUUCUUUCUGCUGAAAUCUAGGAACCCAGGUUUCUAUAAGGUCUAGAGGGACUCUAAUGGAAUUUAAGAUGAUCUGAUAAAUGGGAGAAGAAGAUAUGUGGGAACUUUACAAGACGUUUUCCUCAAGAGAUUGAAGAACAAAACAUGAAAGGUUUUAACUAUGGAGCAAGUAAACAUGACUUCUUUGGGACAAGUCCGACCUUUCAUUUUUUUCCUAUCCGAUUACAUUUUCUGAGUUUAAAUGUCUUGUUUAUAAAUGGAAAGACUGCCUUAAUUACUACAAAUUAUUUUAAUUUUAUUGUCUACAAAGAGAAGAUAAUUUAUUAAUCAUGAAUUUAUCAGAGAAAUAUGAUUUACUGAACCGGGAAAUAGCAAGAGUACAUGGAGUGAUGUAGAGGGUGGGGGUGGGGAUGGGGGGUGUUUUCAAAUGUUCUGAUGACACUCGCUGCCUCUCCUGCAGUAACAGCUUGAGGAGAAUGAGGCCCAGAAUGAGGCUCAAGUCAGUAAAAGUGGAGAAAAGUGAGAUAGGGCUCACCCGAGUUGCCAGAUCGUCUCCACAGCGGAGAAGACCUAUUUCACCCCAGGCUAUUAAUACCAACAACAGGCACAUUUCUCCGCCGUCCAACCUUGAUGAAUGACCCCAGGGGAGCCCUAGAGCCCUCUGCCCAGUUUGAAGCUGCGCGCCGCACAACUACUGUACUUGGAAGAUGUGUAUGAUUCAGUUACAGUGCACUUUAUUCUACAAUCUCUCUGCGUUGUAGAGGCUUUGCAGUUUUGUCACAAAUCUUAUCUCAGCCACAACUGGAGCCACAAAGUUGGUCUGUUAAAGAAUUAGCUGUUUGAAAAUAUUACAUAAACAAUGACUACAGUAUAAAACCCAAGAAGAAAGAGAGAUAUCUAACAUUCAUUCGUGUUAUAAGUAGCUCACUCAUGAGAUUUCUUUCCAAAUUUUCUUGAAAAGAAAAUAUAUUUCAAUUACAUACAGUAUGUGUUUCAAUAUGCAUACAAAAUAAUAUUGGCCAUUUCAAAUAUUGUGAUAAAUACUGCAUGUGGUGCUUUUUCAGUAUAUUUGGGGAUUUCUCAAUAUAUCUCUAAUUUUAAAUUAAUUCCAAAUGCACUGCUAUUUAACAUGCAUUUCAAAUCAGGUCUAAAUGUCUAACAAAUAUAUUUUAAAUUCACUUCAAAUAUUGCAAACCUACUUUCAGUUUUCAGUGUGAAAGUUUAUUCUUGAUCUUGGGAAUAGUGGUUUGAUAAAUUAAUCUUAACUGAAGGUUCACUUACUACCUCUAGUAUAUACAACUACUUGUUAUCAUGUCACCAAAGUUCCAUACUUGCAGUCACGUCAUGACAACUGAGCAAACUUCAGUUUGCUGGUGAAGAACGUGCCAUCUGGUUGAAAUCUCCAGAAAAAGCUAGUAAGUGGACCCUGAGUUAAGAUUAUUUUGUCAAACUUUUUAUGUUCUGUUGUUUCUCUAGUUAAAUAUAUAUUUGAAACUGCUAAAGAAAAUACAUUUCAGUUAUGUUCCUUAAUAUAUUACAGUAUAUACUUCUCAAGGCAUGUCAGGCUACAUGCUGUUCUACAUUACUUUCAGAUACAGAAAUACAUUUUCAUGUCGCUUAAAGGCAUCUUUGAAAUGCAUUUGGAAGAGCCCAUAUAUCGAAAAAAGUAUUUGAAAUGUAUGAUUGACAAAAUUAGCAUUUGGUUUUUGCUUUGUUUGUUAGCUAAGUAUCUGGCAGCCAGCUCAGUUAAGCAAAGCAGCUGGCAUUAACACUAGAUGCUAACUCCAGCUUCUACUACAUUAUCUAGUGUGUAAGCUAGGUGUACAACAGGAGAGUGCUAAUUAGUAUUAGCUAAGCAGAAUGUUUGCAAGCUAAAUGCUGCUAAAAUAUCUAAAUAUGAAAUCAGUCAGAUAAGUUGGUGAAAAAAAUAUCAGUAAAAGAAGGCAGCACAAAACAUCUGUCUGCUGAAUUCUGUUUCAACGCUAAACAACACCUGUUUACAGUGACUGUCCAAGGCCUACAACAUGGCUGCCAGUGUCCCACUAAACACCCAAUGUUGGCUUGAUCUAAUCUCUCUUGUGACCAUCAUAGAGCCCAGAAACAGUUGUUAAAAUUUGACAGUGGUCCAUGAAUUUUUAUCAAAAUAUAUCCUAAAGUAGCCCAUGACUGCCAAACUUGUACAACAUUUUUAUAUUUCCCUAAAUAUUAACACAAUAUAAAUGUACUGUACAUCUAUUUAGCAUUCAACCAAAAUUAGACAUAAAUUAAGGUGGAUCGUCCUCUAUAUCCAAGUUGUCGUUUCAAUAUCUUCUGAGUAACAUUUUGCUGGGAGGGUGUGUUACACCUGAAAGCCCUCUCAUUCUCUUGGCAUUUAUGAACAAAAUGGUACAGAAGCUUGUUUAAUUCAGUGGAUGUUUUGGGAUCAACGUCAGCACUAAUACUAUUUAGUGCAAUAAUUCUGUACCUCAGAGUACAUAUCUGAACACAUUUUUUGUGUGAAUGCUGGGAAUAUAGUACACAUAAGCUACACAGACUGUACAAUAAAGUGUUACUUCUGAUUAAUGUGAUUACACUGUUUGCCUCAGUGUGGAUGAAAAGGGGAAGAAGAACAUGUAAGUAGAAUGUUUAUAUCGAAACGCUCUCCAAAGUUCAUAAUUAGCCCUAAUUUAUAUCCCCCUCCGUGCCAUCAUGAGAAUGUCUUUUUCUUGUGCACUUCGGUAGGUUUUCCUCUAGAUGAUUGAUGUCAGUUUUUAUUAGAGAAGAACCUCAUGAUAUUUCUUGAGUAUGUGUCAUAGCGGCAUUUCACUACUGGUUUCAAAAGAUUUUUUUCUUUAGGCAUUUGAAGACACUGGACUUGAAAUGAAAACCCAUAUUUUAUAAAGUUAGGUUAUGUUUUUGCUAGAUGAAUUGAUUUAUAAUGUAUACAGCAAGUUCAGUCACUGGUAGGAAGAAAAAAAAAGAAACAGUAACCGGAUUUAUUCACAUUUCAUUAUUUAUUCAUGCUCAUUUGUUUUCCAAAUAAUACAACUCUGAGAGGUUUUAUUACAGUUGAUGAAUCAUCCUUGUUGCUAAUGAUAAAUGUGCAAACUGUCCAUAAAUACACAAUAAAGGAACGUUUGUCUGUGUGUGACUGCAA